AAAAAAAUACAGGCGUCGAGAGGCCCUCUACACAAGGCUGCUAUCAAUGGACAGUUCGAAAUAAUCAAAGUACUUCUUGAAAGUGGUGAAGAUGUGGAUAAAAAAGAUCAGGUUUGUGUCUUGUACAGUUUAAUAUGUUAAAUUAAUUUUGAGUCCUCUUCUCACGAGAAAUCCUCGUAUAAAUGACCUUCGCGCCUUAUGAAAGACGUUAACGCAUUGUGCCUGUGCGUAAUUAUAACACGUGUUAUGUUGGAAUGCCGUUGCCCGGACAUGACUCGAACCAAACGCGAACCAUUUAUACGAGCUCUUCGCGUCCUAUGUAAGACAUGCCGUGCUAAUUCAGAAGCGUCUUAUGUAGGACGUGUUUUAUUGUUCUUAGUAUAUGUAAGCGGUCGUGUUUAUAGCGCGAAGACGUGUCUUUUCGGGAUCUUCCACUUUGAAGCUUUUCAUCAUCAUCAUGUCCCAGUUUCUGGAGGCUUUAAUUCUCACCAUGACUCUGUUAAACCAAUUUUCCACUCUCCUCUUCUUGACCGGCUGAAGCGUCAUCUUGAAUUGGCUUGCUUUAGAAGCGCAGGUUAUCUGUCCUUCAAGUUAAUUCUUUACCCGAACUCUGAUUCUACCUCUUAACUGACGAGAUUAACGACUAGUGGCGACAUUAGCUUGAAUCCUGGCCCAGAAAGAUGCUCUGUUUGUGGUAAUUCCGUCACUCGAAACCAUCGUUCCCAUCUUGUGACUUUUGCGAACUUUGGUGCCACAUCAAGUGCGGCCUAAUCACACCAAGGGAGUUUAAAAGGUUUCAAUCACUCGAAAACUUCAACUGAAUUUUGCCCGUUGGUCUUGCCUUGUCUUCAUCUGUGCCUAUUGGCCAUAAAUCUAUCUCCUCUCCUUCGAUCUCUGGCCAUGGCGUAAACUGUUUUGGUUUAUUUUUAACUUAAGUGCACGCUCAUCGACAUGUCAGAAGAUUCAAACCGUCCUCGACCUUGUCCUUACAUCGACACUUUCUUUCAGUCAGCUACGUCAGCUAUUGGCCAAGUUUUUGUAAUUAUGAGUGGACAGUGACCUGCAACGUUGCAAUUGGGCUCAAUUUUAGUGUUACACUUGGUUUGUUUCUUGUAAACUAGCUAACAAGGACAUAGUAAAGAGGCUAAAAAUUAGUACAACAACAUCCCCUCCAUUUAUUUUAUAAUAGGCUAUCGUUACACUGCACUAUUUGGCUUAUUUCAACCUCUAUUUAUGUCUUUCUCUCGUUUAUAUUACUUUAAACUGAGGUACUGCAUUGGCAGAGCCCUGUUUACUGGGCAAUGAAGACACAGAUGUCAUAUGGGUGAAAAUAGCUAUGGGUCGACGUCCUUUCACACUGAAGUAGCGAGGCAGAAUGACACAAAACUCCGCGUCCCCGCGUGAUCAACAAUGGGCUCUAUAGGGGGGUACAAAGGAUUUCCCCCAACCACUCACCCUCUCCUGAAUUGACAAUUACUCAUUCAAGUGAAAAACUCGUAUGAAAUAAUCGAUUAACAAUACUUCUCGGGUAAGGACAAAAAUUCUAUUUGUUAGCAAAUAUUUCUCAUCUAACUGCGUUUUUGUCCUCUUUUCUGUAGUUUUCUUUGACGCCUCUUCAUCUUGCCUGUUGGUAUGGACAGGAAUCUGCGGUCAAACUAUUUUUAGAACACGGUGCGAACGUGAACGUUAAGGACAGGGUGAGUCAUAGACAACCAAAUUGACUAAUUAGAUGUCAUAUCAGUGCAUCAGGUUGAUACUCUAAACCGAAAGGGACAUCCAUGUGUUGACGCCGAAAUUGACGAAGCUUAUCAUGGGAGUGUAAACUAUGGAACAUGACAGAGUGCCAUGUAAUUGGUCAAAUAAACAACGAAUAGUUCAUAGGGUUCAGUUCACGUGAGGUUGCACUUGAAAAUAACUGGCCAAAGACAAAGCUCAACGAAGAGUUGUUGAUUAACUAAAAUUUAUUUCCGGUGAUCAAUAAAUUAUGAUCUCUUAGAACAUGUUUUGAUUUGAACGUUUCAUUGAACUGGUUUUUGCUCUAAUCCCACCUGCGAAAUCAGCCUCUAACUCUUACCUAUAUAACCCUCAGAGGCUUGUUAAGUUUCCUCCUCUCUUCCUGUAUUUCAUUUGAGUGCUUUUUCCACCGCAUUUUUACACGUUAAAUGAAUGAGCUACAUUGCAGUCGUUUAUGGAUGUUGCUGGAAUUGUAGCAUGCCUCUAAUAGAAUAGGAAUUGUUCCCUCACUGGAGGGGAACUGCUCUUUUUUCUUUGCUGUUUUGGAUUACCAGUAACCUUUCCUGCGAGAUCGAUAGUUAGAGCCCAUGGGAGGAGAUGUCUUUUUGUUUUUGUUUUUUGGUUUUCUCAAACAAAAACAAAAAAACAGCAACAGGAAAAGAUUUUGAUCCGGCAGGCUACCCAAAUCGUUUUAACUCUUUUCCUUUUUAAGGAUUUUUUUUUUUAAAAGGUUAACAUUAGAUUUUGUUAAAGAACAAUUGAAUGAGACCAUGCUUCAACACUUAUGUCCAGGAUGGAAUGCACAUGCAAAAUGCACAGAAUUUUUGGUUUGUUUUGUUUUGUUUUGUUUUGUUCUUAAUGGCUUUGAUGUGUAAUUUUUUUUUGUUAACAGCACGUUGCCUUACGUAGUGUAGACAAAGCGGAGAUUUGCAGUUAUGAAGAAUUACCGUUGUUAAAAUGUUCCAAUGAUAAAUAUUCAAAAGUGGGUAACACAAUUAACUCUACUUCGAUAUAAUGUUUUUAGUUUCAGCGUACUCCUCUGCAAAAAGCCGAACGUCAAAACCACCAUUCCAUAGUCCAGUUGCUAUUGAAGAAUGAUGCCAGGCCAUGUCCUCAUCAACCAGUAAGUUAAUUGUGCCCGAAAAACUGUCUCACAUUUCUGCUUUAACUUAUGAGGUCAUAGACUUGUAACGAUAACAACCGACCACCACUUCAUUUUGUGUAGAACACGUCUAUCUACAAUAUGAAUACAGGGCAACCCAUAUAAACUAUUAUAUGCAAAUAUCUACUUACUUGUAGUAUCAAAUGGAUUCCCUCUUUAUCACUUCCUCUUAUAAACUUGGUCAUUUUUUAACAGGUCAGUCUAAAAAAACUCUCAAGGAAAGCUUUCACACAAAUGGAUAAAAAGGCUGGAUUUAAUCUACUCCAGGCGGCUGUCUUAGAGGAUGAAUAUGACAUUGUUUUAAAAGCUCAUGGACUUCCAAGUUAUAAAAGUAUCAAAAGACUUUAUAAUGAGUGUGCUAAGGACAACAGUAGACAGCAGCUGCAGUGGGCUACAUUUAAUGAUGAUGCGGAACAAGCUGUUGAGCUUGUAUUAAAUGACGGUGCAGCUAUUAAUGCCCGAGCGUCAGAUAAUGAUUACACAGUUUUGUUGCAGGCGAGUCGAUCAUCCUCAAGUCAGUUCAUUGAGACCCUCAUUGAUCUUGGAGCCGACGUUGAUAUCCAAAGAAAAAAGAGUAAAGAAGCACCAUUAAAAUUAGCAGCUGUUUGGAACAACUAUAUGGCAGUGUGCUUGCUUGUAAGGCACGGAGCUUAUGUAGAUGUUCAGGAUAGUUAUGGAUUCACACCACUACACAUUUCAGUCAGAAACGGUCGCGAAAAUCUUAUCAGAUUACUACUUGCAAAUAAAGUAGACGUAAAUAUUCAAGAUGACGAUGGAUAUUUACCCUUGCACUGGUGUGCCUUUGAGGGUAACGAAAACCUCUGUAGAUUGUUACUUGAACACAACGCGGAUGUAAAUAUUCAAGAUAAUCGUGGAUGUACACUCUUGCACUGGUCUGCCAGAGAGGGUAAUGAAAGCCUCUGUAGAUUGUUACUUGAACACAACGCGGAUGUAAAUAUUCAAGAAAAACACGGAUUUACACCCUUGCACUGGUGUGCCUUUAAGGGUAACGAAAACAUCUGUAGAUUGUUACUUGAACACAACGUGGAUGUAAAUAUUCAAGAUAAAGGUGGAUGCACGCCCUUACACUGGUGUGCCUUUAAGGGUUACGAAAACAUCUGUAGAUUGUUGUUUGAACACAACGCAGAUGUAAAUAUUCAAGAAAAGCACGGAUUUACACCCUUGCACUGGUGUGCCUUUAAGGGUUACGAAAACAUCUGUAGAUUGUUACUUGAACACAACGUGGAUGUAAAUAUUCAAGAUAAAGAUGGAUGUACACCCUUGCACUGUUGUGUCAGAGAGGGUAACGAAAACAUCUGUAGAUUGUUACUUGAUCACAACACGGAUAUAAAUAUUCAAGAUAAAGAUGGAUGUACACCUUUGCACUGGUGUGCCAUAGGGGGUAACGAAAACCUCUGUAGAUUGUUACUUGAACACAACGCAGAUGUAAAUAUUCAAGAUAAAUAUGGCUCUACCCCGCUGCACCUGUCAGCUCGUAGAAACAGGGAUUGCAGUGAGAUAAUCGAUCUCCUGGUGAAGUAUGGGGUGCAAAACUUAAGCAUCCGUGAUGCAAAAGGCAGGACUCCUCUUCAAAUGGCAGUGAGACUUUGGAACGCACAAGCUGUGAAAACGCUUGUUGACCUAGGAGCUGAUACUAGUGUGGUUAAAGCCGAUGAAAAGGGUGCCAUCAUACUGGAACGCUUAAAGAAUGAAGCGGAGAGGUACUAGAUGGAGCAAUAUCGUACGUUUGAAAUCGGCUCUGCGCAAAAAGCUAACGAGACGGGAAAAUGCACCAGGGGUCUCUUUUGUUCCAGUUAAAGGAAAACUCACGAAGUCUCAUCUCAAAUCAAAGAAAACACUGAGGCAAUCCUCUUCGUCUACAACAAAGGAAAUAGAGGACGAACCGGAAGCU